AUGCAGAGAGUAAUAAUUUUGAUCAUUUCAUUUCUUUUUGUAACGGACGUGUUUGGGGCAAAGAUUUUGACAAUAGUUCCAACACCAUCCAUCAGCCAUCAAGUAGUUUUCAGACCACUCAUACAAGAAUUGGCUAGGCGCGGCCACCAAGUGACUGUUAUUACGCCCGAUCCAGCCUUCACCAAGGAAAAUAGACCAGCAAACUUGACUGAGAUAGAUGUACACGAUGUUUCAUACGGAAUAUGGCAGGAAGCGAUGAAAAAACAAGAUAUAGAAUUAGGUAAACGAACUGGGCUUUUCAAAAUGAUGGAAGAGAUGACAAUAUUCUUUACAUAUAUACUAGAAAUGCAGCUACGUGCGGAGGAAGUACAAGCGAUUCUAAGUAAUAAGCAUGAGAAAUAUGAUCUCCUGCUUAUAGAAGCUUGCGGAAAACCAUUCAUAAUGUUUUCACAUUUGAUUAAAGCACCAGUUAUACAGAUAAGCUCAUUUGGAAUGAUGAUUGGCAGCGAGGAAAUUGUCGGUGCACCAUCGCAUCCUAUUUUAUAUCCAAUGGCUAUGCGACAGAGAAUUUAUAAUUUGACGUUUUGGGAGAAGCUCUAUGAACUAUAUACGCAUUUUUGGGUGAUGUCACAGUGGCUGUAUGGUGAAACGAAGGAGUACGAAAUUUUAAAAAAAUACUUUGGUGACGAUGUGCCGUCUUAUAGAGAAUUGCAUAAAAAUGUGGAUAUGAUGUUUCUUAACAUUCAUCCAAUGUGGAGUAAUAAUCAGCCCCUGCCGCCAAACGUUAUUUCGAUUUGGGGUAUCCAUAAGAAUCCAGAAAAACCACUACCAAAGGACCUUCAAACAUACUUGGAUUCCUCAAAGAAUGGCGUAAUAUACCUAAGUUUUGGAUCCAAUGCAAAGUCAAUCAUGUUGCCGAAAGAAGUAAUAACGCUGCUGAUUAACGUAUUUUCAAAAUUGCCGUAUGAUAUACUAUGGAAAUGGGAAAGCGAGGAGCUUCCUGGGAAAUCAGAAAAUAUCAAAGUAUCGACAUGGCUGCCCCAAUCUGACCUUUUACGCCAUCCAAAGAUAAAGACUUUUAUAACUCAAGGUGGUCUUCAGUCCACAGAUGAAGCUAUGAAUGCAGGUGUACCUUUAAUAGGAAUUCCCAUGCUUGGAGACCAAUGGUAUAAUGUAGAACUAUACGAACAGCACAAAAUCGGAGUCAAGCUGGAUUUGGAAACUCUAACUGAAGAACAAUUGACGAAGGCCAUUGAAACAGUCAUUACUGAUAAAAGUUACAAAGAAAACAUAGUAAAGCUUAAAAAUCUGAUGAGUGAUCAGCCACAGACUGCAUUAGAACGAGCUGUUUGGUGGACUGAGUACGUAAUCCGUAAUGGUGGGGCGAAACAUCUACGAGCAGCAGGAGCCAACCUAAGCUGGACUGAAUAUUAUGAGAUAGAAUUUAUAACGAAGCUUAUAUCUCUUAUAUCUUCUUUAAUUUUAAUCGCAUUUGCCACUUUGUAUAUUAUAUACAGGCGAAUAGUAAAAACAUUUACCACUAAAGUGAAAAUUUCAUAA